CCAGGAGCCUUCGAGCUCCAUCCUCGCCAUUGACAUCAUGACCAACUUCUCCAUCCGCUGCUUCCAGAACUCCUCCACCACUCCACGAACCGGCGGUGAUCACACUGGUACUGGGAAUGCAGCGCGAGCAGCAGCAGCUGCUGCAGCGGCAGCUGCAGCAGCAGGAGCAGCAGCAGCGGCAGCAGCACCUGCAGCAUGAUGUCGACAUGGAGCGACAUGGAGCUACCAGCAGAAGGAGAUGACCAAAGGACAUCGCGCAAGUCCUGUGAUCUGUUGGCUCUUCAGUGGCUGAGGACUUCCAAAGGUGGUUUGAAACCACCAGGCCGGCGCUUAGAGCGCAUGAUGCUGCGGUUGAAAGCUGGCCUUCAGAAGCUGGCGCCUGCAGAGCGCCGGAAAGCGCUGGAGCAGCUGUCGAGCCCAGCACGCCAGGCCCUGCUGCGCUUCAUGACGAAGGACCUUUUCGCGGCGCCCCAUGGCCCCGCUUUGAGGCAGAGAGCUGAGACUGCUUCGAGUGAAGCCAGGGUGCGGAAGCACCGUGGCGUGCGGGAAGUGCCAACUGGUCUCUUCCAGGCAUCAAUCAGUUUCUGGAAUUUCCUGGUACGAUCCCGCACCAGCAGAUCUUUUGAUACUGCCUUGAGGUUCUUUGGCGUGCUGCAGCGGUUCCGUGAGAUCGCAAUGGGCAGUCGCAUGCUGUCGAAUGCUGCGCUGGAAGCAGCGCGUCUGGCCCAAGCGCAAGCUGAAGCAUGUCGGGAGGCUGGAAUUUCGGAUGGUGAUCUGAAGCCCUCCUAUAGCGCGUCGGUGAGUACUCAGUGGGCUGGCAAGGUGGAGUCGCCAGCUACCAGCUCGCUGCAAAAGGCUUUGGCCUGGAGACAGCGUUUGGAAGCCGCCCGCGGCAGUUGGCAACAGCUCCGUGAGGCAUGGAUGUCAGUGCUGCAGGACGAACGUCCUGGAGGCAGCAUUGCCAUGAAGAGAGUGUUGGCUGAAGCUCGGGUGGACCGAGCGGCAAGACCUUUGAAAGGCCGAGAGGGACGUGCUGAUCGAGACAAGGUCGGCAUCGCUUUGCAGAAGUUUGAGAAGCUUAUGAGCCGAAAGGCUGCAGAAGGGUUGCCUUGUAGACAUGGCCCAGAGCAGGGCAAUUUGAGGCUGUUACUUCCUGAGCGUUGAUUCGCUGUCUUUACCAUGUUGACGGUGGGACGCUCUGCUCUGGGGAGAAAGUUUCCUGUGCAAUUAGCACAAGGACUGUGACAUGCAGGUGGAUCAUUGCUGCAGCAGUAGCACUGGAGAUAUUUGCGACAACUGGCUUGAGAAA